CCCGUGCUCCUGGCAGAGGGAUGCUGGCCUCCGGCACGGGCGGCCUUACUGGCACCUCUGCCAAGUCAACAAGUCUGGGGCUGCCCUUUGCCCGGCGAUGUGCACGGAACGGAGCAUCUUCCUGGGGGAGCAGGGCUGGGAAUGCAUGGGGUAGGGGGAGGCCAGACACCCCCAUGGACACACGCGGCCCCUACGCACUCCUGCUGCCUGUCCCUGGGCAGAGUGGCCCUUAUGCUGCCCCCUCCCACCCCGCUUGCAUCUGUAGCAUCUGGGGACUCCUGGGCUUCGCCGCCCGCUGCCUGACAUGGGUAAGUGCCCCAGGCUCAGAGCUGCCCACUGAGGCUGGGGGUGAGCCCCAGGAUGGGAUGAGAAAGGGGCCCCUUGCUAAAGAAACUCCCCUGUGGAGUGGGGUCCAGUCACCCCGUCAGCCCCUGCCUGGGUCACCCCUUCCUAGUCCACCUGGCUGAGUGUAGCCGUGUCCUGUGUCUGCCUCUGCAGUACUGCCCCUUGCCUGGCCCACUCCCCAAAUGCCUGCUCCCCCUAGUGUCCAGCAGCCUCCUGGCCACUAUGCUUCCAGCCUGGGGCAACCUCGUCCUGCGGAGAUGGCUCGUUUACAUUGGGCCACGCUUCAUGUUCGGGCUGGGGGUGUGGGGGGUUGGCACGGAGGUCCACUGCAGAUGUGCCCACGCUCAGAUGCCAGCCCCGCCUCCCUGGUGGGCCAGGGAGGAACCUUCCCAGAGCAACCAGCUUGAAGGGUGGGGGAGGAGACAGAGCGGGUCCCAGGUCGCAGGAAGGACCCUGGCUCUGGCUGUAGGGAGCAGUGUGUUUGGUCACCUGGGCAGAACCCAGGGCUGGGUGGGUUCCCUUUAUCUUGUCCUGGGCACUGUUCUGGGGCUGCCUCCCCCAUCCCCAUUGGAGCACCCCAUCUGUCAGGGAAGCAACUGUUGACCCCGUUACACCGGCAGCCACAGGGAGCCAGGGCCCCAGAGAGCCGAGGGGCCUUCAGGGCGUCUCCUGCCCAGCCUCUCCCCGGCCCUCACCCCUCAGAGGGCAUCUGUGAGGAGACAGUCACUGAGUGCUGGCCCCAAGGGCAGGAGACAGAGCUUUGGCGAGCCUGGGAGUGGCAACCACUGUCAGCUUCCAAAUCCCCGCUCUGCCUCUGUGUGCCCUGGGGUCGAGGACUUCGCUUCUCUGGGCCUCAGUGUCCUCAUCUGUGAAACGGGCAUCACAUCUGGCCCCCUGGGUGGCGGAGAGGAAGAUGGGGCUAGGGUGUAGCAAGCCUUGAUGUGUGCACUGUUGCCCUCGUCCUAUGGACAUCCAUUUAGAGCAGCGCCAGGUAAAUGGGUCAGCACAGCCCCAGGUCAGGCGCCCCAGGCCGUGAGCUGAGGGGACUCCCACCCAGUGCCUCCCUCACGACAACCAUGAGAGACAGGUGCCCACUCAGCAAUCAGGAAGCCAAGGCUCGGAGAGUGAAGUCACCUGCCCAAGGUCAUAUACCUGGGCCACGGAGGAGCUGGCAUCCCAGCUCCCUGUCCCCCCCACACCAGCAGAAGUGCCUGGACCUGUGGCUGCCUUAAGGAGAUUCAGGCAGUGCUGCAGGAUGCAUCUCCGUUCCUUACCAGGGAUGGAGACACAAGACUGAGUCCAGUCCGAGUCCCAGUCCUCGAGAGCAGAGAGCACCAGGACAGGCAGGCGCUGGGGAAGGGGCGGGGACAGGCGGGCAAACCGGUCGGGCGGGUGCUGGGCUGAGGCCUCCAUCUGGAUGGGCCUGCGCUGACAGUCAGUCCGGGCUGGUGUGGCAGCAGCUCGCGGGGCAGGCAGCUGGGGCCGUGAGGCCGCCAUCAGAGGCUACGCCAAGCCUGUGUGCUCCCUCCUGCCUCAGGAGCAGGCCCCCAGCACCCAGCUGCCCGGCUGCCAUGCACAAACAUUACAAAGUCCACUUCGCCAAGGAUACCCAGAGCCCCAACGGGCACUACUUCUGGGACCCAGAGUUGGGGCACCAAAAAGGAUGCUGUCAUCAGUGGCGCCAGGACUCAGCGGCCCUCCGAGCCCAUGGGCCCUGUCGGCCUUCCCCCCAGUCACACUGGCAGCUGGCCUACCACAGCCACCAAGUGGGUGGCAGUGGCUGGCGCCGGGGCCUCCUGUCCUCCGUCCUGCAGCAGCAGCGGCAGCCCCAGCCCCAGCCCUCACCUCCCAGCCCCCUGAGGCAGCGGCUCUGCCCCAUUCACGAAGCCCAGAAGGGGCUGCCUGCAACCUCCACUGUCCCCAAGGAACCUGCCAGCGCCCCUCAGGCACCCACCUUACCCACCACGGCACCGGCCAUGGCCAGGAGUGGCCCAGCUCUACCCUCCGCGGCUGGCGUCCUCCUGAAGCCCAGCGAGCCCACUGAUGCCCGGCCCCUGCCCGCCCCAGCGGCCUGUGGCUCCUUCACUGCCUACAGCUCCGACAUCCUGACAGAGGAUGACGUCUACUGCAGCUGCCUGGCCAAGACACUCUGUCACGUGCCAGUCCCUGUGACCGUGGGUUUCUAUGCCCCUUUCGGCUGCCGCCUGCACAUGAUGCUGGACAAGAUCACGGCGCUGAUGCAGCAGGAGGCGGCGCAGCGCGAGAGCGAGGAGCUGCAGCACGUGCAGUGGCGACCGCGUGCCGUGAGCGGCUGGGGCGUCCCGCAGCUACUGUGGUACCUGGUGUUCCUGCAGCCCAUCAUCACCGAGGUGCACCUGCGGCGCAGGAACGUGCAGUUCCUUUUCAUCCGCUUUAGCGCCUGGCAGUACGCGGGCACCGACAAGCUGUGGGCCGGCCUGGUGACCACGUUGUGCGAGGGCAUCCGCCACCACUAUGGCGCACUGCCCUUCAGCGUGUACUCGGUGCUGGGCAACAAGCCGGCCACCAGGCAGGACUGCUGCCAGAGCGAGUGGCAUUGUCGGCGCCGCGUGUGCCUGGGGCUGCUGGCGCUGCUGGCGGCGCUAGGCCUGGGCGUGGGGCUGCUCUACUUGUCGCUGGGCGGCCACGCGCUGGGCCACGGCAGCCCGAACGGCAGCCUGCUCAAGGUGUUUGGCGGCGCGGCCACCACACUGUCGGGCUCGGGGCUGCUCAUGGCCGUGUACUCGGUGGGCAAGCACCUGUUCGUAAGCCAGCGCAAGAAGAUCGAGCGGCUGGUGUCGCGUGAAAAGUUCGGCAGCCAGCUGGGCUUCAUGUGCGAGGUGAAGAAGGAGGUGGAGCUGCUCACCGACUUCCUGUGCUUCCUGGAGAUCUACCAGCGACGCAGGCUGCGCGUGGUGCUGGAGGUCACCGGGCUGGACACGUGCUACCCGGAGCGCGUGGUGGGCGUGCUCAACGCCAUCAACACACUGCUGUCCGACAGCCACGCGCCCUUCAUCUUCAUCCUGGUCGUAGACCCCAGCAUCCUGGCCGCGUGCCUAGAGAGCGCGGGCAACAUGAAGGGCACGGCCGACAACGGCUACCUCUUCCUCAACCGCACGGUCACGCUGCCCUUCUCUGUGCCCAUUAUGGGCCGCCGCACCAAGCUGCAGUUCCUGCACGAUGCGGUGCAAAGCCGCGACGACCUGUUGUACCGCGAGAUGACGCGCAAGCCGUGGCUGCCGGGGGACGCCGGGGGCGAGAGCGCGCAGCUGCUGGCGGUGCAGGCGCAGGCGGGGACGGAGCGCGGGCAGGGCCGCAUCGACGCCGAGGCGGCGCGGCGAAUCCAGGAGGCGCUCUUCUGCCUUCACGACGAGCGCGACUGCCUCUACGAGUACGUGCCCGACAACGUGGUGUCCAUGCGGCGCAUCGUCAACACCGUGCCCAUCACCGUGCGCCUGCUGCAGCAGCAGCAGCAGGGGGACUUUGGGGGCCCCACGCCGCGCCAGGCAGUGGCGUGGGUGGUGCUUGCCAACCAGUGGCCGUGCCGCCUGAGCUGGGCGCUGCAGUGCCUGGAGGACCGGCAGCAGACCGGGGGCGCGCCGGAGGGCCGCGCGCGCCUCUGGGACGUUUUCCGCGACAACAGCCGCGAGCUGCACACCAUGACCAAGGCGUUGCAGAACGUGCUCGACCUGGACGGCGACCCCGAGCUCUUCGAGCGCUUCCUGGGCGCCGACUUCCCCUUCACCGUGGCCGAGGCGCAGAGCCUGCUGCGCUGCACGGUCAACCUGGACCACUCCAUCCGCCGGCGCAUGGGUCUCAUCCGAGCCGUCAGCGCGCUCAAGCCGCCCAGCCCGCCCAAGUCCCCUGCCCGCGAUGCCCCCCACGCUGCCCACCGGGCCAACAGCGCCUCCAGGGCGCCCCCGUCGGGCCGUGCCUCAGGGCAAGCCGGCGAAGGCCACCACGCUGGGGACUUGGCCCACAGGGGCAAGCUAUGGCCGGUGGCCUGUGCGCUCUUCCGUCCAGGGCAAUCCAGCCCAGGUGGGCCUUGAAUGGAGGACUUCGCGGGCAGCAGGAGGCAAGGGUUCCUCCAUCUGCCCAGAUGGGGGAAUAGGGGGCUGGACUGGGGCCGCAGCCCAGGGUCCGAAUGAGCCCUGUGAGGCCCACACCCCCAGGUGAACCUGAGCCAGAGCCGUGGACAUAGCCUCCAAGGAGUGGGGCCACGAGCCGGUGCCAGCAUGAGAGCAGGCACAGAAGGACCAGUGAGGAAGUCAGGGUAUACAUGCAAUAAAUAGAGGUGUCGAGAGCCCCGAGUUGCCCUCCACAUCCUGAUCUGACCAGGGAUCAGGCCUGCCCCGUCCUGCCACAGGGCCUGCCCCAUCCUGCUAAGCCCACUUCCUCCUCUGCACCAUGCUGGCCUCCUCAUCUGGCAUCUCUGUGGCACGAGAGGCUGCGGGGGUGGUGGGUGAGGCUGCAGAGAUGACAGGUGGAUGGGCCGGGUUGACUCAGGCAACAUGGAGCACCCAGGCCUCAGGGAAUCCCAGUCCUUGUCCCCAUGCCCUAGCUUGCCCCUCUGUGAGUAGGGCAGGGGCUGGCAUUUCCGAGGGUGACCUCGGUGACCUCAGCAGGCUGCUCCACCCCUAGGGUGGCUCCAUUCUCAACGUAAUGGGUUAAUUAGACCUCACUGGCACCUCAGCCAGCUGGGGUGGGUGGCACUAACCUCCCCCAGACAAAUAACUGUCCACAGGGUACCUGCCUUACAAGUCACUCCAGGGCCACUGGUUAGUCACUGACACUGAAGCCACUGCAUGAGCCCUCUGAUGAGGACAGGGAAUUUGGGCAGAGAUGGGGACAUACAGGGCCCAAGCCACAGCCAGCCAGGAGGGGUUACACUAGGGCUCCCCACCUUCCCUCUGGGCAGAGCCCUGGGCUGGGGGUGGGUGUCACUCCUCUGGGCAGUUCCUGAUUCCUCACUGGUCAAAUGUUCAGCCACACACUCAGGCCCUGGGGUGCCUGGCCCAGUUCCAAGUGUGUGCCGGCAGGGGCCACAAGGGCCAACACUGAACAUAUCCUGGGAUGAGGCUGAGGGUGUGGCUUCUGAGCCUGGGCCCUGAGGCUGGUGGAGGGGACAGCCCGCUAGGAACCUGAGAGCUCUGCAAAGGCACCCACCCUCAGGCCAUGGGACUGGGUCACUGACCUCACAGUUCUUUAGCUCCAAGGCUGGGCAUGGCAUCCAGGUCUGGCUGCAGCACCGGAGUUCUCAGGCCACAGCAAUUGUCACAGGUGCAUGCAGGUCAGUGGGAGCCCUCCAUGAUCUUCCCUGAGGCUGAGCAAGCACAGUUGCUGUUUCCCAUUCCUGGACUGGCUAAGCUGGUAGGAUACGCCUGGACCUCCUGGGAGCUGUUUCCCAGCAGUCAGGGAGAGCUGGCCUCAGAGGGGGAAGGAUGGGGCCUCGUGACACCGUUAAGUCUGUUUCUGUAGAUGUGUGGUUGGGGUCAAUAUAUCCUUGUAGCCUCCCUUAAGCCAGUUGCAGUUGGGUUUGUUUCUUACCACCUGGAAUCCAAGCUGAAAAUAAAUUUUCACUCCUAUUACCAGGAGUGGGGUGCUGUGAGAGAUGCUAAUGUGUAGACUUGGCUGGAGGUGGGGGCAGGACUGAAGCCCCCCAUGCCUCAGUAAGAAGCUGCAUCAGCCUGGCCAACAUGGUGAAACCCUGUCUCUAAUAAAAAUACAAAAAGAUUAGCUGGGCAUGGUGGUGCACGCCUGUAAUCCCAGCUACUCAGGAGGCUGAGGUGGGAGGAUCACUUGAACCCGGGAGGUGGUGGCUGGAGUGAGCCAAGAUGAUGCCACUGCACUCCAGCCUGGGUGACAGAGCAAGACUCCGACUGAAAAAAAAAAAAGCCGCAGCCUCUGUUACGUGGUACAAGCUGUGGCCAAACUGUUGGCCACUGUAUCUUCACGUGAAGCUGCUAUGAGAACUUGCACCUGUGUAAGGCCACAGGACCAGUUGUCACCAACAAAAAGGGAGCACGGCUGACCUGUGUGCCUUUCCCAGCAAUGAGUUAGGGAGCAGGUUUCCCUUCUCCACUCCCUUCCCCCAUCUGCCCACUUGAUCUGGGAUCCUUGAGGUCCUGGGGAGCAACAGAGCCCUAAGAGCUUCAAAGGAGCCUGGGUCCAGGAAUAACUUGGUGAAGAGCUGCCUGCCACUCUGAACAUCCACAUGUGACAAUAAACAUCUCCUGUGUUAGGACAUUGA